AUGGACUCAUAUUCCCGGUUUCGUAAACAAAAUCGCUGUUUCUCUUCACAGAACUCUGAGAAGAACAACUACUUUGAGAUUCUACGACAGACCGCGUCUUCUGCCAUGGAAUCUCAAAGUAUCCUCGUGCUUGGCGCGACAGGUGGAUCAGCUAUGAAAGCCCACUCUGUUACAACAGUCGUCUCCUUCCUUGGCGCAUACGUCUCCGCGUCAGCCAUUGUCACUCGAAAUGUUGAUACGCCGAUAGCCGACUCAAUCCCCACGGUCAUUCAGACAAUGGAGAAGAAUAAGAUUAAGCGGCUCUUAGCUCUGUCAACGCUGUCAUACUGGGUGGAGGGUCGAGAUGUCAGUAACCGGAAACUGACGAUCUACGGCAUGAUGCCAAAACUCUUUGCUCCACAGGGAAACGCGGAGAUGGUUCGCAUAGCGGAGACGGUGAUCGAGAAAGCCUCGCACUUAGAUUGGACGAUCUUUCGCGUUCCGCACCUCACUGACGGGCCAGCUGAGCUUCCGGUCUGGGCUGGUUAUGCAGGACCGAAUCAUAGGGGUGGUUUGAAUCUUUCGCGAAAGAGCUUGGCACGAUGGGUCUUGGGAGAAAUUACACAAGGCGAAUGGGUGAAGGGAUUACCAUUCCUUGGAGUGACACGAGUGACUUUUCAUCAAAGUUAA